AUGCGACUUUUGCGACGCAGCGAUACUGGCGUCAUCACUCUUACUCAGUUUUCCGAAAAGGACAUCCCUCAUUAUGCGAUACUUUCGCAUACGUGGGGAGCAGAUGUGGAGGAGGUUACUUUUGGAGACCUGCUAAAUGGCACUGGGAAGGAUAAGUUGGGCUAUAAGAAGAUUCUCUUUUGUGGGGAACAAGCCGCACGGGAUGGCCUGGAGUACUUCUGGCUCGACACAUGUUGUAUCGACAAAUCAAGCAGCGCAGAACUCACCGAGGCCAUCAAUUCGAUGUUUAAAUGGUAUCGAGCUUCUGAUAUUUGCUACGUAUUUUUCAGCGAUUUGGAACCCGAAAAACAUUCGCUCUGGGGUUGUAAAUGGUUCCGACGCGGUUGGACACUGCAGGAGCUGAUUGCGCCAUCCAACGUUCGAUUUUAUGAUGAGGAGUGGAAUUUUCGAGGCGAUAAGCUCAGCCUACGUUCAGAACUAGCGUCCAUUACUCAAGUUGAUCCAGAUGUUUUGACCAAUGCCAUAUCUCUUGCAGAGGUGCCAGUAGCUGUGCGGAUGUCAUGGGCCGCUAGAAGAGAGACAAAGCGAGAAGAAGACCGCGCAUACAGUUUGCUUGGGAUACUUGGAAUCAAUAUGCCUAUGCUUUACGGAGAGGGAGAAAAUGCAUUUAUCAGACUGCAAAAGGAAAUCAUUAGAAACAGUCCUGAUAUGUCUGUUUUUGGAUGGACACAAAGAAACACGACAGUCGAGGGUGACCAACAUAGUGGUCUGCUUGCA